GUAAUUUAGACGGGACGAAAAAAUUGAUGCCGUGGACGAAAAGCGACUCCAUCGACGCCUCUUUACGGCGAGCGUCUAUGCCGUCUCCUUUCCCGAUUUUGCGCUGAUUCUUCCUUUUCAUUUCUCUUGAAUUUUCUACUAUAAUGCUCCGUCGUAUCUUCGCUAGUAGAACCACCGUCAACCGCUACCGGUCUCACAUAUCCAACUGUUCUGUCCGUCGCUUCUUCUCCGCCAAUCCUUCCGAUCGUAACUCAAAAAAUUCAACGGAUUACCCGCAACUCCUCAACAGUUCACAAACACAAGAUGAUCUUCCGCCACCGCCAUUAGUUCUCCACCGCCUCCGCCCUAGGACUCUAUCUCCUCUAUCAGGCACUUCCCGCUUUGCAUUAUCCGCGACUGUAAUAUCCGCCGCCGCAAUUCUUGCUGCAUCAUCCGUUAUAAUAUUUGAUGACAGCGAAAUUAAGGAAGAACAAGCGAAGAAGAAACGUUUGCUUGAUGAUUUCGAACACGCGAUUGACCGGUCGAAGGAGUCGUUUAAGAGAGUUGUGAAUACGAUGAAGCAUACCGGCGUUGCGGCGUCGGUUCUAUGGAAAUCUCUUCGUUCGGUUUUGUCAUCGGCUAACCAUGAAGUUCGGUCAGGGUUUGAGGUUAGGGUUGCGGCGUUAUUGGCGGAUAUUGUGGCGGCGAAUGAGAGCCGGAGGGCGGCGAUUGUUGGUGCUGGCGGUGGUGUGGUGUUGGAUUGGUUAUUAGAGUCGGUGGCAUUGUCCGGUGGGGGAAAUUAUGGGACUCAAGCCGAGUCUGCUAGGGCUUUGGCGUACUUGAUUGCUGACCCUAAUGUGUCUGAGGCGGUUCUUGGGAGGCCUCAUGCCAUUCCCAAUCUUCUCAGGUUCAUAUUCUCUGCUCAACCUCAUCAAUCCAAAAAGCACCCAAGGCGAAGUUCAUUUGACAUUUCUGACCCUUCAAAAGGCAGAAGCAUGCUUGUUGCAUCAAUCAUGGAUAUUGUCACUUCCAACUGUGACAACGUGGACAAAAUCAAACUUAAGCCCAUGCUAUCAGGAACUGCAGCAAUGAGAGAUAUUGCAGCUGCACUUGAAGUUAUUGAAGAAGGUGGCAUGCACAUGGAUGAGCCACCUGGCAGCAGCCAGAGUGAUGAUGAUGAUGAUGAUGAUGGUGGAACUGGAUUGAAAGGCAUUGGAAUGGAAGUUCUUGGAGGCACUACAAUUGUAGGUCUUUCUACAAGCAAUCGAUCAAUGGAGUUAGAUGAAUCUAAAGCCACUCACAACUCACCAUCUUUCAACAAAUUAAACAACACUUCUUCUGUAAACACAACUGUUAUCCCUGGACUAUGGGAUGAUUUGCAUUCACAACAUGUUGCUGUUCCUUUUGCUGCAUGGGCUUUAGCAAAUUGGGCAAUGGCAUCAGAUGUAAAUAGAUCCCAUAUCCAAGAACUCGACUUCAAUGGACAUGCUGUCAUGUCUGCAUUGAUUGCUCCUGAAAGAUCUGUGAAAUUUCACGGGAGUUUAGUAGCUCAGUUGUUGUUAAAAGACGAAAAUCUCCCCAUGAAUGAUUUCAUUUCUGAUUGGAGUUCUACCCUUCUUACAACCGUUUCUCAAGCAAGCAAAGCGGAUGAUAUCUCUUUAACUCGUGUGGCUUUAUCUGCAUUUUUACUCUCUCUCGAGAGGUGCCCUGGUGCUCAAAGGGUAGUUAUGGAAAAAGGUCUUCAUUUAAUGAGGGAAACUGCUAAACGGACUAUGAAUCAUAAGUCUGUUCAAGAAUCAUUAGCAAAAGGGAUGGAAUCACUUUGUUCAGGUGACAUGCGUUUGUCUCUUGAAGAAGGACAAAAGUGGUCUUGUAUUCUGCUUCCAUGGGUAUUUAGGGAAACUUCAUCUGAUGCUAUUAGAUCUUCUGCAAUCACAAUCCUUUCUCGCAUAUGUGAAGACUAUGGCCCUUCUUCCAUUCCCAUUUCUCAAGGUUGGUUAGCUAUUAUGCUUUCAGACAUUCUCAAAUCCAGAAAGUUAUCUCUUAAAGGGAGUGCUCAACCUAGGGACAAAGUCAAGACACAAAUCGAUCAGGCAAAUGUACUUUCUGGCACCCAAAGUGUGAACCAAUUGGCUAGUGCUGUGGUCAACUUAGCAGUCAAUGGUGAUUCAUUUGCUUUGGAAGAUUUUCUUACCCUUGAACCAUUUAUUAACACAUACAAAAAUCUAAAGAAAGGCACUAUCCCUAAAGUGAAUGCUUUAGAUUCUGCACUUGCAACUUUAAAGGGUAUCAAAGCAAUGACAGAAAUCUGCAGUGAUGAUUUGUUUUCUCAAAAGAAAAUAAUCGAUUAUGGCAUAAUUCCUCUGUUACGUCGCUUUUUAUUAAGUGAUGAUUAUGAGAAGUUAUCAGCAAUUGAAGCAUAUGAUGCAUCAAGAGACAUGGAAGCCAAGGAUCAUGGUGAUUCAUCUGUUGUUGAUGCCCGGGACCCGUCUAGUGUCCGGGUCCCACCUACAGCUCAUGUCCGCAGACAUGCAGCUCGAUUGUUAAUGGUGCUUUCAGUUCAUCCAAAAGUUAAAAAAAUGAUACUGGAAGAUAAAGAUUGGUGUAAUUGGCUUGAUGAAUGUGCAAAUGGAAAGAUAUGUAGUGAUCUUAAAACUCAAAGCUAUGCUAGAGCAACAUUGUUGAAUAUCUUCUGUAAUGAUGAUGAUGAUGAUGUUGAUGAUGAUGGAGAUGGAAACAAUGGCUCUAAAAAUAAUGGUUGUGCUCGUUAUGGUGGAUUAGAGAGUCCUUCACUUGAUGUUAUUUUUGUUCAUGGGCUUCGUGGUGGGCCCUACAAGACUUGGAGAUUAUCUGAAGACAAGUCAUCCUCUAAAUCUGGGCUUGUGGAAAAGAUUGAUGAAGAGGCAGGAAAACAAGGGACUUUUUGGCCUGGAGAGUGGCUUUCUACUGAUUUCCCUCAUGCGCGUUUGUUUAGUCUUAAGUACAAGACGAAUCUUACACAAUGGUCUGGAUCAAGCUUGCCUCUUCAGGAAGUUAGCUCGAUGCUGUUGGAAAAACUUAUUGCAGCACGUAUUGGAGAUCGACCUGUUGUAUUUGUAACUCACAGCAUGGGAGGCUUGGUUGUGAAACAGAUGCUACAUCAAGCAAGUGCAGAAAACAGAGGCAAUCUUGUCAAAAACACUGUUGGUGUGGUGUUCUACAGUUGCCCACAUUUUGGUAGUAAACUUGCAGAUAUGCCCUGGCGAAUGGGUUAUGUCUUUCGCCCUGCACCAUCGAUAGGAGAGUUGAGAAGUGGGUCCACAAGGUUAGUGGAGCUUAAUGAUUUUCUUCACGAGCUACAUAAAAAAAAAUCUCUUGAUGUUCUAAGCUUUUGCGAGACAAAAGUGACUCCAAUAGUUGAAGGGUACGGUGGAUGGGCUUUUCGAUUGGAAAUAGUACCAAUUGAAUCUGCAUAUCCUGGAUAUGGGGAACUUGUUGUGUUGGAGUCGACAGAUCAUGUUAAUUCAUGCAAGCCGAUCACACGAACAGAUCCUUCUUACAGUGAAACUUUGCAAUUUUUGCACAAACUUAGAGCAGCAUCAUCAUAUCGAUGAAGAAUUAUGUAUAAACAACAGGUACUAAAAUCUUUCAUUAUUUUACAAUCACAAUCCCUCAUCCUACCUUAUUGUAAAUUUAUCAUAUCUCAAUAUAUCAUUUAUUUUUUCUUUUAUUGUGAUAUUUGGGAAAUCAUCUUGACGUUUGUUUACCUAAUAAUUAAUUUAUGUGGGGGGAAGUUUUGUAUAUUUUGUAAAUGGGUUUUGUCGUUUUGAUGAAGAUCAUCAUGUAUGUAACGUGUUGUAGUUGCUUUUUGGUGUUGGGAACUUUGUCUUUUAUGCUUUAAAAUUGAUGUGAUUAUUGGUGUACGUUACAUAGAUACAUGCGACACUCCAAUAAUUAGUCAAGUCUGUACGAAACCAUACCUCAUGUCACAAACUUGAGAUCAUUCUAUUUUCAAGACAGAUGUGACUUCUUUUAUAUAUGGUUGAUGAACAAUGUGAUAAUUAAUUAUAGAUAAGCGUACGUCUUACACUUCAAAUA